UUGUUAUCAGUAUUGGCGUUUGCACACAGGGUGGAUUAGCAAACCAUUAUUGUUGGUUUUUGGUGCUACCAGAAUCACCAGAAUUCACCACAUUGAUCAGAAAUCAAGUGCCAGGUUCUAAAACUGAGGGUUUAAUGCUUGAAGAACUCCACGUUAUCCACAAUGGCUGAGUUGUGUUUAUUUUCUGGAGCAUCUGAUUGAGAAGAAUCAAAGGUUCGACAAUUAGCUGAUAAGCUGCAUCAGGUAACAGACAGGGCAGUUCUGUUUGAGUAAAAGAGUCCAUUGAUUAACAGUUGGAGGGAAUGUCCUGGUUGUGUAUUCCUUUACACUUAGGACCUGAUCCAGCUUGAGUGAGCAGCUCAUGGCUGUUCCAAAAGGCCAAUUCUGAGUGUUUGAAGAGUCACUGGGUGCUGUAAAAGUUGGAUUGCAUGCUUUAUCUACAAUUAUAGGGACAGUAAAGAUAAAGACGUAGACUUCUGAUUUGGACCGUCUGAGAAAUUUCAGAAACGUAUUGCAUCGAAACACAAUGCCACGCUCCAAAGAAAUUCCUGAAGACGUCCGAAGACAAGUGGUCGAAGCUCACGAGUCCGGAAAAGGCUACAAACAGAUUUCCAAAGUUAUAGGACUCCCCAAGACGACCAUUAGAGGUAUACUACGGAAAUGGAAGAGGUUCGGGACGGUGGUGACGCUACCCAGGAGCGGCCGACCUUCCAAAAUCUCUCCAAGAGCAAGGCGAGAAAUAAUCCGUGAGGUCAUGAAGAACCCCUGCACGACAUCUAGGGACCUUCAGGCCACGCUCGCCUCGUCGAAUAUCUGCGUCCACCAGUCCACCAUUAGGAGGAUACUGGGAAUACAUGGGAGACCAACUCUGAGCUCCUUUGAAGGCAACAUGCCGUUGUCCAAUCAGGAAGAGGAAGACAUGCUCAAUGCUUCAUGCGGAUCGAGUCAGGACGUAAAGAAUCACGAGCAGCAAGAAGUGUUAAAAAACUCAAACACUAACUCAGACAAUGCUAGCAAGAAUAACAUUAAAUUGUCUGAUGAUAACAAGGAAGGUGCUGGACCCGAGGAGAAUAACGGAGAAGAUGAGAACGAGAACUGUGAUAACGAAAUGCCGUCCAGGGAUGUUGGUGUUGCUGACGGUGGGUACAUGGAAACAGCUUCGACCAACAAUAACGGUGGCGAGACUAAAAAGUGUGAUUUUAGUGAUGGAGGUGAUGCUGCUGAGAAAACUUCCACAAACACUAACAGCAGUGAUGGAGCCGACGAGAAUAAGAAGUGUGUUGUUGAGACCGCUGUAGACGAUAGCAGUCAAAUUGUUGACGCCGGUUACACCGCUGGCUGCGACGUCAACGGUGCCUUUAGUAAUAAUAACAACGAUGGAGCAUGGACUGAAGAAAUAGAUUACAUUAGUACAUUAACGUUUACUUGAACAAGCACCUACUGUAGGCUAGCUGGCAGGCCGAACUCGACGUGCAUGUAACCUUUAUGGUGUGGACGACCACCACAAUCGCCCAAGAGACUGCAGGAGAGGGUUCAGCUACAGUAGGGUCCAAAAUCGGAAAUGAAUACGUUGUAGAAAACUUUACGCUAUUAUUAUUAUUGUUAUUAUUAUUAUUAUUAUUGAAGCAUUUUUUCCUUCGAAAAAUAACAAAACCUUAGUUAAUGCUGCUAAAAGCCGCCUCCAAUUUUCGGACCCUAUUGUAUUCCACACUGCGGUUUCAGACAAUCCUGAGACAAAAGUGAAGCUCUGAUAUGAUUUCCUGACAUUAUCUGAGUUUAUUCUUACUGACACUAUUAUGGCAAACAAAAGAAAGUUUGUGCGCUAUACAAUACACUAAUACCUGGUCUUUGUAUCUGGCUAAUCGGGUUAGCCGGCUACUAUCGAAUCAACCUCGGCCCGGUCAUAAAAAAUAAGAAAAAGAAAUUCCUGAAUAAAGACGGCCACUCCGUUGGCGAGGCACAGCGUAGUCAUGCUAAACAAUGCUGAACGGAUUUAGCGAUUAGUCGUUUAAGAGUCAAAACGUUCUUUCACAAAGCUUCGUUCGUUACAAGCCGAUUUUUUUUUAUUAUUAUUAUUAUUAUUAUUAAUAUUUUAUGGCAAACAAGAAUCUCUAAUGGCUAGUACUUAAACAAAAAAAAACAACCCUACAAAAGAUGAACUGCUACCUGCACAGUUGGCUAGUGACAAAAAACCUCAAACUCCACACUGAGAUGUUUUUGUCUGUCUCUCUAUAAAAAAAAAAAAAAAAAAAGACAAAUUUUUGUCUUGUCAGGUUUUCCGACUUCCUGCUAUGUUUCAUUUUGUCCUUAUGCUCAUGUAGCAUUUCAGUGUUCUCUUUAUUUGUAGCUAUAAUUUGUUAUAUACCUUUCUACAGUUCUGUUCUGUACAAUUUAUGUAUGAAAUUUAUCCCUGAACAAGGACAUCAUGGACACUAUUCAUGGAGAUGAAGCAGUUGUUUUUCCUCAUUUCUUUUUUUUUUUGGAGUUUGUAAAAAAGAUGAAAAAGUUCUCAAUCAAUUAAAACAUAAAAAAGGCUGAACGUAUACAUGUUGUUCAUGUGCAUGAUAAAUCUCUGAGAAUUCUGUUUUGGAUUUCUUCGCUGUUCCGGGUUUGUGUGGGGAUAUUCUGGUUUCUUGGAAAGGGUCAGUCCGUUUUCAUAUCCAGACUUGACAGAAAGUAAAUAUUGUGUGUUUGCUGCCCUUGGAUGUGUUGACCUCAGAGGAGAAGUAACACUGAUUAACUUGGACCAGAGUUUAGAUUCAUGUUUAUAACAUGAUAGAAUUCUGACUAGCGUUAUGAAGAGUUUUGUUUUUUUUACGCUCUACAGGUUUCACUGCUUGACCGUUAGACGUUUUCGAUCCUUCCAUCUUCUCCACUUCAGACUGUUGAACCGAACAGGAAAUAACUGACGGAAUCCUGAUUAAAAAUUUUCUUUGGAAAUAUGCAAAUGAAGUGCAGCGAUCAAUCUGCGUAGUAAUCAGUUCGUUUAUUUUCUGUCAGUUCAAGUUGGAACUAAUUUUUCGGUAAGGACUUAAAAGAUAUUUGACUAAAAUGUUCUGACUUUUUAGGUCAAAUCGGCUCUUAUCGACAUCUCAUCAGCGAUGUUUACUUGAUCCCUUGAUUUUUCUAAAGGCAGCGAAACUGACCUCUUUAAUCAGGCUAAGGGGAAGCGGAUGAGGCGGAGGAGGGUGUGUAAAACAGUGUGUAAAACAGUGUCACUGUGGCUUCCGCAACACCGUAUCUGUUGACUUCUUAUUUUGAGAUAAGAUACUGUUCAAAUAGAUUUUGUUGCCAUGUUAAAUAAACCA